UCUGGUUCUCUCCUUGCUGUCCGCGCAUGCGCUUGGGUCUCGCCUCGUCAGGUACCGUAUAUAAGCAUGUAGGACCCCAGCAGCAGUACAAGUUCUAUUGCCAGCGAAUCGUCAAGAACUAACCAUCUUUCAACAUGCACCGUAACACAUUCUUCGCUCUGGCCGUCGCCUGUGGCCUCCUCCACCUCACGAGCUGUAUUUUCGUACUUGAGACCACCGGCACCCUGACUGCAGCAACAAUCUCACUUGGCGCAGCCUCCUCAACCACCGCUGCCGCAGCUGCCUUUGCUGGUGUGGGUGCCCUGGCCCUCGCUGGUGUCCUGGUAGCCACCCAGGCCGCGUCCUCCAAGGGUAAGCGCAGCGCCCCUACCUGUCUACCUGUUAGCAACCCCGACCUGUUUUUCACCCUGGCGGCCAACUCAGACAAGCUGGGGUGCGGGAUGCGUCUGGUGUGUGAGCUGGAGUCCACUCCUGACGAGGCUCUCACCCACCAGGAGAAGCUCAUCCUAGGGCUUUUCGGCCGUACUCCCGUCCCCGUCAACUUCGAACAGCUUAACUCCCCAAAAGCUAGCUUCCAGUAUGCUGCUUUCGUUGGUGCUAAAGCUGCCUCUCCCGCCGAGUGUGCCAAGACCUUCAACAUGUGCCCCUUCGACCGUGUCACUAUGAUCAAAGCCUUCCAGAAGAACGGCAUCAAUAGCCUCUGAAACUCUUAACGUGAAUAUUUAUCGGCGGCAAUUCCCUUCCUGCCAGCCGGCUGUCUUGUAGUGACGUUGGUUGACCUUGUAGUGCCUGGCACCUGGUCACCUCUUAUAGGUGACCCUACUUAAACUCAGGUAUAGGUCAGGUCAGAGCCGUCAACUAGUCACUGUACAAUCACACUUCUGUCACUUUGUUUACAGAUGAAAAGUUCACUUCAGUUUCAUCACCACAAAUGCUUCUUUAUAAUAAAUUAUACGACACAUAA